CUCUUCCUCCCCUUCCUCCUCCUCCUUUCCGUCCUCUCUCCCGACAUGGCGGCCCCCGCGGAGCCCAGCGGGCUCACGGAUGAGGCAGCCUACAGCGCCUGCUCGGAGCCGGAUGCCAGCACGAAGGAUUUCAUGUUUCAGCAGACAAUGUUAAGAGUAAAGGAUCCUAAGAAGUCACUGGACUUUUAUACAAGAGUACUUGGAAUGACACUGCUUCAAAAAUUUGACUUUCCUACUAUGAAGUUCUCACUCUAUUUCCUGGGGUAUGAAGAUAAAAAKGAUAUCCCGAAAGAUAAAGCUGAGAGAACACCUUGGACCUUCUCUAGAAAAGCUACACUCGAACUGACACACAACUGGGGCACUGAAAAUGAUGACAGUCAGUCUUAUCACAAUGGCAAUUCAGAUCCCCGAGGAUUUGGACACAUUGGAAUUGCCGUUCCUGAUGUCUAUAAAGCUUGUAAGAGGUUUGAAGACCUAGGAGUGAAAUUUGUGAAGAAACCAGAUGAUGGUAAAAUGAAAGGACUUGCAUUUGUUCAGGAUCCUGAUGGCUACUGGAUUGAAAUUUUGAAUCCUAACCAUAUGGUGACUCUCACUUAGUUCUAGUGAAGUGUAUUCUGUAAGAGAUGCCCACUUUCACUCUCCUGGAGAAAAUCUGUGUUUGUGAAAUUCUUGCUUAGUAGAGAGGAAUCAGUCAUGYUCAGAGUCUCCUCCAAAACUAUCCCCUGGGACCUCACUUGGAUUCUUUUUUUCUUGUCCUGUGAUGCUCCUGCAAUGUGUUUCCAGUUAGGAAUACUCAAUAAUUUUCUGGAAAAGCACUUAACACAGAUUCUCCUCUUGAACAUUCAUUAUGAUAAUAUUUCAAUAAAUAUUGUCAAAAGAUAYGUGGCCAGAAAUUCACUGCAUUUCACACUGAUGAACAGCAAAUCCUGUAUUACUACUGAUAAGCAUCAACAAGGAGGAAAAAAGAAACUUCAGAAUAUUUUUUUAUGAAGUCAAAAGAUCCUGAAGCCUUCAUGCCCUAU